CGAAUAAAUAAAGGAAGACAUGGCCAAGACAUGGCAGGUGUAAAGACGUGAAAAUUUUGUAAUACCACAAUUUCGUUGAAUAGGAGUCGAACAUUAAAUUUAUCAAAUCGUUACACGUUACUAUUCAACAACCAAUCGAUCGGCUUUUGACCGCAAAACCCCGAUGCUUUGACCUUUGUCAGCAUGAAUCCAAAAUCGACGAAGAAAAAGAGUGCUUCGACAAAGAAAAAGUCAGGUGCAAAGUCAGAUGCUAAGGAUAAACCAGAUAAAAAGAAAAAGACCAAACCAAAAUCGGAAAAGCCCCCCAAGAGUCAAUCUCCAAAAACAGCAAAGAAAGAGAAAAAGGGGAAGAAAGGAAAGGGCAAGUCGAAGAAGAAAAAGAAAGGGAAGAAGCAAAAGACUCCAAAGCCAAGGCCGGAUCCGUUCAGCGCCGUGGCAAUGGAGAACGUCUAUUACAUCAGCCAUAACGCGGGCGACUUCCUCAGCUUCCGCGGCUUCAAAUGGGUCGGGGGCAAAAAGGGCAAGGGAGGCGGCAAGAAAAAGAAAAAGAAGUGAUGCUUAUACGUCUGAGAAGGGAACGUCAAACUUAGAACGCCGUCUCCGGUCAGCUGCAUUAAAAGACACCGUGCGAACUGAGGCUUGUAGGAACGUUUCUCUUCUUCCUAAGAGGACGUUACAAGACAACGCAGAAGACGACGCAGUGCCAGCUUAGCUGAAAAGUCUAUCUGCUUUUGCCUCUUCACGUACAUACGAGUACAGACAGCAUGUGAGGCACAUUGCUGUAUGCUGCGCAAUGGCGCAUAAAAGCCCAAUGAAACGCACAGACAAGUGGCGCAUGCGACUGGACUGCAGUCUCAACAAUACCGCAGAAUACCGCCCAUAAGCUUUGUUAUCAAUAAGGGUGGUACUACGAGCAGACUCAUUGUAUUUAUGAGUGACAAUGCAGGACGAUCAAGAUCAUUAUCAACGGUAAGAUGUUGGGCAUUUCAUGAGAUAUUAGAUAGGAAAAUGGUAAUAGCGUCAUUGGAAAACAAAAGAUGAAAUAAUUUGAAACCAAGAUGCUGAAAUAUAAGUGAUAAUUGAUAUGAGAACGAACUCGAAACGAAACCGAUUGUUAAAAUGUUUGCGUUAAGUCACAUGAGAGAGCGAAUUGCAAACGUUGGCGCGAUACCAAUGGUUGCAAGACGUUCGUGAUUUACAUCCGCGUCACCAUGCGUGAGGAUCAUGAUGAAACCGCCGGUUACGCAAGCUCAUACUAUCUCGCAAAAAAAUACUUUUAAAAAGUGACGAUUUAAACAUGUGCACAUAAAUGAAGCCUAGCGUAUAGGCUUCAGCAGGUUCGGUGUAAUCAUGCAAUGUUUCACACUUGCUCUGUAUGGCUUUAUAUAAUGCCGAAUGUUUAACAGUUGUUAAUACAUAUAAGAUGUGAA